AUGGACGAUAUCAUUGAAGCCAGCAAUCCUUCCAGUAUGGCAAACAGCUCUGGCAUGAAUAAUGGAACCCAAGCCAAUUCCAGUGGGCAACAAGACAGCUUCCCGGGUGCCUAUGCGAUGGCUCCAUCAGGUACAAACGGCGGCUCCAAUGAUAUUGAUAUAUUGCCACCGAGUGAGCAUCAAUCUGAAGUAUUGUCAUUGGGUAAUGGUCCGGCCACGGCGAGCAACUCCUUAUUUGACGGGGGUAUUCCCGUAGCGAAUCUUGUCAGCGCUGAUCGUGACAACACCAUUCCCGAGGCCACACCAGAAGAUCUCGAAGCUCAGAUGGGGCGCAGAAAGCAGAGAAAAAGACCGCUCACAUGGAUGGGAGCUCUGUCUCUUGCUUUCUUUUUGAUUGUUCUAGGACUUGUUCUGGCAAUCAUACUAUUCAAGGUGUCAAAAGAUCAAAAAGCUGACAUUGAAGGGCCUGUCUCUACGGUAUCCCCAUCAGCUCCACCCUCAAUGCCCCCUUCACAGUGGCGACAGGGCGAUAUUGGUCUUCAGCUAAUCCCUAACUACACCAAUGUGAUGCUUGACGACUUGGAGUCGGCCCAGUAUCAUGCCUACCAAUGGCUGCUGGAAGACAUUGAAAUUCACGACAACAAGCUUGCAGAUGAGCAAAUUCUUCAGCGUUUUGCCCUUGCCACAUUCUACAUGGCAACAAAUGGUGACAGCUGGUUAAGAAAUGAGAACUGGUUAAACCAUUCAGUCCAUGAAUGCUUCUGGUAUGCAAAUGACUACUUUCUGGAAUUUGAUGGCGAGAUUGAUGAGUAUGUGCAAGCCAUUCACCCCAAUCCUUGUGAGAUGCCACCCACAAACAACUCAGAUGUGUCAGUUCUUCCAGAAGAGACAGAAAACACGUAUGUUCAUCUCUGGCUUGCCAACAAGAACCUAGAAGGCACCAUUCCUCCUGAGCUAUUCUGGUUGACAGACCUCAGGAGCGUUUCCCUCUACAACAAUGCUGGCCUUGGGGACUCCAUUCCUUCAUUGAUUGGGCAACUAUCCAACCUGGAAGCUAUCAACAUGGGGAGCACAGCAACCUCCGGAGUUUUGCCCAGUGAGCUCGGCCUCUUGUCAGAUACAAUGCACAGUAUUUCCAUCAUCAAUGCUCAAUUGGAAGGAAGCCUCCCAUCAGAGCUGGGUCUCUUGCACAGGAUGAGUGAUCUCUUCGUGGAUCAAAAUGGGCUCACAGGAGUUGUACCGGAAGAGUUAGGCGAUGCAUCUAGCUUGCAAUUCAUCUAUUUGGCUGAUAACUCAUUCACAGGCACCUUUCCAGCCUUCAUGGUGCAUCUACCUUUGCUGCAGUUGUAUCUCGAUGGGAAUCUAUUUUCCGGAGCCAUGCCAACUGACAUUGGCUUGCUAAGUAAAAUUGAGCUUUUUGGUGUCUAUGGCAACAGAUUCACUGGAACUAUUCCAACUCAAGUUGCUCAAAUGUCAUCUGUUGGCUAUCUUGACUUUGAUGACUGCUACUUUACUGGGACUCUUCCAUCCGAGCUUGGUCUGCUCAGCGACAUGACAGGUUUCUGGGCUGCUGGCAACAGUCUAACUGGAACCAUCAGCAGUGGAAUUGCGCAGAACUUCAAUCUUGAACAUUUCACUGUAGCUGAGAACUAUCUUUCCGGAACAAUCCCUACUGAGUUUGGCCAGAUUGCCAACUUAAUGACAUUGAGUUUGGAAAACAACAACUUGUCUGGAUCACUGCCACGAGGGCUUAGCUCCAACAUCGACUGGUUGGAAGUUUCCAACAACACUCUAUUGACUGGCUCUCUCCCUGCAAGCCUUACAAGUUUAAAUUGGGUAUGGCUGACCGGAACUCAGAUCUCUGGAGUAUUGCCAGACUAUGUUUGUGAUAUUGAAACACUGGAGUUUGACUGCAGCUCAAUUCUCUGUGGGUGUAGCUGCACUUGCAGCAACAAUUCCAACAGCACAGCAGCUAGCAUUCUUGCCAGGAAGAAUGAAACUCUCGGCUAA